AUGGCUUCGGCGGGCAGCAGCCUCGGCGGGGGGGAGGUCGAGCGACCGCACCCCAGGCCCUUCCUGAUCGGGGUGAGCGGAGGCACCGCCAGCGGCAAGUCCACAGUAUGUGAGAAAAUCAUGGAGCUCCUGGGACAAAAUGAGGUGGAUCAUCACCAACGAAAGCUCAUCAUUCUGAGCCAGGAUAGGUUCUACAAGGUCCUCACUGCGGACCAGAAAGCCAAGGCAUUGAAGGGACAGUACAACUUUGAUCACCCAGGUGCUUUUGAUAAUGAUUUGAUGCACACAACCCUGAAAAAUAUUGUGGAGGGAAAAACUGUAGAGGUGCCGACCUAUGAUUUUGUAACCCAUUCCAGGUUGGCAGAGACAACGGUGGUCUAUCCUGCAGAUGUGGUUCUUUUUGAGGGGAUCCUGGUAUUCUAUAACCAAGACAUUCGGGACAUGUUCCAUCUCCGACUCUUCGUUGACACAGACUCUGAUGUCCGGCUGUCCCGCAGAGUUCUUCGAGAUAUGAAGCGCGGGAGGGACCUAGAGCAGAUCCUGACUCAGUACACAACCUUCGUCAAACCUGCCUUUGAGGAGUUCUGCUUGCCGACAAAGAAGUAUGCUGAUGUGAUUAUUCCUCGUGGAGUCGACAAUAUGGUUGCUAUAAACCUCAUUGUGCAGCACAUCCAGGACAUUUUGAAUGGCGACAUCUGCAAGUGGCAGAGAGGGGCGAUGAAUGGGCAUGGUCGGACAUACAAGCGAUCGUUCCCUGAGCAAGCAGAGGGCAGCACCGUGCUGGCAGCUGGCAAACGAUCUCAUCUGGAGUCCAGCAGCCGUCCCCACUAACCAGUAUCUUCCACUAGAACAAAGCCAUCAGAGGACUCAGAUUUGGAACUACAAUGAAGACACCUGGCAUGGAUGAGCAAUCCCACACCUAUACUGGCCAGGCAAGUUUCUGAGCCAGAGCAGGUUGUCAUUACUGUAUUUGAUUAUAAUUUUAAAUGAA